CUUGUGAGGCAAGAGGUGGAGCAGUCCUCUGUGGGGAGUUUCCUCUGCGGGUGGAGACAGUCACCCUGGAUGACAGAGCAGAGGAGGUCCACAGACCCAGCUCUCGGCACCCCAGCACCGUGGCAGCCCAGCACCUAGCCUCCCAGCACCCAGAUGGACACCUCUGGCAAAACCAUCUCAUGCCGUGCAGCCGUGGCCUGGGCCGUGGGGCAGCCGCUGUCCCUGGAGGAGGUGCAGGUGGAGCCGCCCAGGGCCGGGGAGGUUCGAAUCAAGAUGGCGUCCACCAGCAUCUGUGGAACAGAUGCCCGAGUGCUCAAGGGCUGGCUGCCCCUGCCUUUCCCCCUGAUUCCUGGCCACGAGGGUGCCGGCACCGUGGAGAGCGUGGGCCCGGGCGUGACCUCCGUUAGGUCAGGAGACCUGGUGCUCACCCUCAUCAUCCCCCAGUGCCGGGAGUGCCAGGCCUGCCUGCAUCCAAGAGGCAGCUUCUGUGACAAGCAGGAUGUCCUGCCAUCCUCGGGGCUCAUGUUGGAUGGCAGCAGCCGGUUCUUCUGCCGCGGACACAGCAUCUACCACUCCUUCCGGGCCAGCACCUUCACGGAGUUCACUGUGGUGCCCGAAAUCUCCGUGGCCAAGAUCCCAGCGGCGGCGCCCCUGGACAGGGUCUGCCUGCUCAGCUGCGGGGUCCCCACUGGCUACGGGGCCGCCGUGCACGCCGCCCAGGUCACACCCGGGUCCACCUGCGUGGUCAUCGGGCUGGGCGGCGUGGGCUCGGCCAUCAUCUUGGGCUGCAAGGUCUCGGGGGCGGCCAGGAUCAUCGGCGUGGACAUCAACGAGGACAAGUUCCCGGGGGCACGCAAGCUGGGCGUCACAGACGUGCUCAACCCCGGGCGGCUGUCCCGGCCGCUGCAGGAGGAGAUCCAGGAGAUGACCGGAGGGGGCGCCGACUUUGUGUUUGAGGCCGCGGGGCUGCCUGAGACCCUGCUGGCCGCCUGGGAGUCCUGCCACAAAAGCUACGGCACCUGCCUGGCCGUGGGUCUGUCGCCCGACGACUCCAAACUGGUACUAAACGCAACUCCCAUCAUCACUGGGCACACCCUGAAGGGCGUGUGCCUGGGAGGUUAUAAGACCCGGGACUGUGUCCCCCAGAUGGUGAGCGACUACUUGCAGGGCCGCCUGGACAUCGACCCUCUGGUUACCCACCAGCUGCCUUUCGCAAAGCUACAGGAGGCCAUGGAGCUGUACAGGGCCGGCAAGCCGAUCCGCUGUGUCCUGCUGUUCUGAAACACAGUCGAGGGCGUCCCCGGGCAUCCCAGGCAGGGGACAGGGUGGGGUGGGCUCGAUAAAUGAGGUUCCCGA